AUGUCCUCUUCAACAGCAACUAUGGACGGAGCCGCCGCUAUCAUUGUUCCUGGGACUGUUCCUCUUUGGGCCAUGUUUUUAAAUUGGAAGGACAACACGCUAGACCCUUUCUUAAACUCUUUUGUGCUGAAAACAACGGACAUUCCAUCUGUAAUGGCAUGUACCAGACAUUUCAUUACUGACUACUACUAUACUCAUUCAUGGUACGAUAUCUUGAAAGACUACCUUUUAUUUUGCUUCAUAUACGGGAUUGUCAAUAAAUUAUGGUUUAACAUUAAAGUAUACGGAGUUUUCGGUUUCAUUAGAAGAUCUUAUAAUAUUGCCUCUAAAAUAUUAUUUAAGAAGUUAUUAUCGUCACCGCUGUUGAAGAAGAAAGUGGAUGAACAGGUUCAAAUUGCAAUUGAUGGUAUCGAAACAGGUCUAAUUAAGGAUGACUCAAGUCUAAUGCAUUUCGCUGCAUUACCAAAGGUUGGUCUUGCACAAGAACAAGUUAUUGAACAAUUGGAAAAAUUGAAUGAAGUAUUACCCCAUACUGAAUGGGAAGAAGGUAGAGUAUCUGGUGCAGUGUAUCAUGGUGGUUCAGAUUUGAUUCAUUUACAAAGUGUCGCAUUCGAAAAAUAUUGUGUAGCUAAUCAGUUACAUCCAGAUGUUUUCCCUGCAGUACGUAAGAUGGAAGCCGAAGUUGUUUCAAUGGUUUUAAAUAUGUUCAAUGCACCUUCAGAUACUGGAUGUGGUACUACCACUUCAGGUGGUACCGAAUCUUUGCUAUUAGCAUGUUUGAGUGCCAAAAUGUAUGGAUAUCAUCAUAAGGGAAUUACAAACCCAGAAAUGAUUAUUCCUGUUACAGCACAUGCAGGUUUUGAUAAGGCUGCUUAUUAUUUUGGAAUUAAGUUACAUCAUGUUGAUCUAGAUCCUAAAACUUUCAAGGUUGAUUUGAAAAAAGUCAAGAAAUUUAUAAAUAAAAAUACUGUUUUAUUAGCAGGAUCUGUCCCAAACUUCCCACAUGGUAUUGAUGAUGACAUUGUGGGGUUGGGUAAAUUAGCUGAAAAGUACUCCAUUCCUCUACAUGUUGAUUGUUGUCUCGGGUCCUUCAUUGUGGCAUUCAUGGAAAAGGCUGGAUUUAAUAAGGAUGGAACUUUACCCCUUUUCGAUUUUAGAGUACCAGGUGUGACAUCAAUUUCAUGUGACACGCAUAAAUAUGGAUUUGCUCCAAAGGGAUCUUCUGUGUUAAUGUACCGUAAUGCAGAUUUGCGAAUGCAUCAAUAUUAUGUUAAUCCAGAUUGGACAGGCGGAUUAUAUGGCUCUUCAACUUUAGCGGGCUCAAGACCUGGUGCAUUAGUAGUUGGGUGUUGGUCUACGAUGGUUAAUAUGGGUGAAGCUGGGUAUAUCCAAUCAUGCACAGAUAUUAUCCAUGCAACAAGAAAAUUAAAGAAGUAUAUUUCUACAAAUCUUCCUGAACUGGAAAUAAUCGGUGACCCCAAAUUUUCAGUAAUUUCUUUCAAAUCCAACAAGAUUGAUAUUUAUGAGUUAUCAGAUAGGUUAGCUAAGGGCGGAUGGCAUUUAAAUGCUUUACAAAACCCUCCUGCCUUGCACUUGGCCGUCACUAGAUUAACAAUUCCAUCUAUCGAUUCACUCUGUGAAAUACUAGACAAGGAAGUAACAUCAAUGAAGAAUGCUCCUGGUGCUAAACCAUCUUCUGAUAGUACCAGUGCAUUGUACGGUAUUGCUGGGAGUGUCAAGACUACCGGUGUUGCGGAUAGAUUGAUUGUCGGGUUCCUUGAUACUUUGUAUAAGCUAAAACCUGGAGAGUAA